AUGGGAGAGGAGGGAGGGAGUGGGGAGGUGGACGAGAGAGUAGGGAGGUGGAGGAGAGUGUGGGGAGGUGGAGGAGGGAGAUGGGCAGGGGCGGAGGACUGGGCAAGAACAGCAUGCCCAUCGCUCGCAUCACGGACCUUGGAGCGCAUUCCGAUAACUACUACCUCUGCGGUCGUCCGCGACCGACAGUUCAGUCAACAGCGGCCUGCGGUCAUUGCGGUGCAGUCUUGCGGUCGCUGUGGUGCAAUGCCGCUGCUAUUCCGGCCUUUGCGGUCCUGUCCCGCGGUCGUUCGCGUCGGGCGGGUACGGUGCGCGUUCAUCGGUAGGGCGCCGUAA